AUGGAUUUCACGAAUAUCUUCCGUCUUGUCAACAUCGCCGUGGGUGUGUUUAUGGUGCUUGGUGGUAUCAGUAACUUCUUUACUGGCACCUGGAGCUCAUUCAUUCUGGGCGCAUACGCCGUUGUCUUCGGUCUUGUCGUUGGUGGACUCGAGUUCCUUCCUCACGUCCCUGAUUACGCCUACCGCUAUGCGUCCUUCCUUUUCUCUUUCCUCGGCCGUGGUGUCUUCUACAUUUUCAUCGGUUCCAUCUUGUUGCACGACCACGUCAUGCGGAUCAUCGAUGGCUCUGUGAUCGCCGUCAUCGGUCUCGCCUACAUUGCCCUCGAGUUCAUUCCUUCCAUCGAGCCCCCCUCCAACAUGCGCGAGUCCGAUCAGGGCUGGGGUGCAGAGCAGGUCUAA